UGCCGGCUCAUUGCGCUCGGGCCGGGGCGAGCCAACAUGGCGGAGUACUUGGCCUCCAUUUUUGGGACAGAAAAGGAUAAGGUCAACUGCUCUUUUUAUUUUAAAAUUGGUGCCUGCCGACAUGGAGACCGCUGCUCCAGGUUACACAAUAAGCCAACAUUUAGCCAGACAAUUGCCCUCCUGAAUAUUUACCGGAACCCUCAGAACAGUGCCCAGUCCGCUGACGGACUCACCUGUGCCAUCAGCGACAUGGAGAUGCAGGAGCAUUACGACGAGUUUUUUGAGGAAGUCUUCACAGAGAUGGAAGAAAAGUACGGAGAAGUGGAGGAAAUGAACGUAUGUGACAACCUCGGGGACCACCUAGUUGGGAAUGUGUAUGUGAAGUUUCGGUAUGAAGAGGACGCAGAGAAAGCUGUGAUAGAUCUGAAUAACCGGUGGUUCAAUGGGCAGCCCAUCCACGCUGAACUCUCUCCGGUCACAGAUUUCAGAGAAGCCUGCUGUCGUCAGUACGAAAUGGGGGAAUGCACUCGUGGGGGUUUUUGUAACUUCAUGCACCUGAAGCCCAUCUCUCGCGAACUGAGGAGAGAGCUGUACGGCCGUCGCAGGAAGGGCCGCCACAGGUCCCGGUCCCGGUCCAGAGACAGGCGGUCUCGCUCCAGGGACAGAGGCCGGGGAGGCGGCCGCGACCACGAGCGACCGCGCCGCGACAGAGACAGAGAACGCUCCGGACGCUUCUGAGCCGCCGACCACGACCUCUCACUCCCCCCCCCCUCCUCCCUCCCCGUGUCCACGCUCCUCUUUUAUAAGUUUGUACCCACCAGACCCGAUCCCGGACUAACUGUUAGGUACCCAGUUUGGAAGCUGUGACAGCAUCGACGGUCUCGUUUUGUCUUGAUUUCUGAAAGUGACUCUCACCUCAUUAAAUUUCACUUUUUUUCUUAACAA